AGAAGUCCUCAGUUUCCCAUUUCACUCAAACCUAACUCUUGGAUCAUGGAUUGGAAAGGAUCUCAACAACUAUCUAAUCCAGUCCUGACAUUUUAUAAAUGAGGAAAGGAAAGUCCAGAGGAGUGACUUGCCCGAAGUCAAACAAACAGGAAAAACAGUAAUGGAAAUCAAUUCAUCAGAGACUUCAAAUAAAGAUAAGUCUAUAUUUCCAUAAUAUAUGCAUUGUUGUGGCUCAACACAAAAUGGCUUUAACAAUACAAAAAAAAAAAAAAGAAAGAAAAAUUCCAUUUUGAUGAAUUUGAGGAAAAAAAAUUUUAAAUGGGGGAAAAUUUUGACCUUUUCACAGUAAAACGUCCCCCAGCUUUCCAUUAGAAAACCAUCUUGAAGCUAGACUUUUCACUUGUGCACAGGGUUGAGUGGGUGGAGUAUUACAGUGGUGUAUGAAUAAUGAAACAGCUCUACAGGCUUUGUUCCUGCAUAGAUCUUAAGAGUUAGAACAGGAACGGACUGCAGAUUGCUUAAUUUUAUAGAAGAGAAGCAGUUAAGUGAGUCACUUAUUACUCAGAAGUCAGAGGGGAGUUGGAACAAAAGUCCUGUGAUUCUACUUUCCCAAAGCUCCUUCCAUUACUGCACACAUCUAGUCCCAACUGUCCCCUUUGCCCCAAAGUCCACUCUUGUCUCUUUAACUGGAAUAAAGGUAGCUAGUAAUAUUUAUAACACAUAGGGCUUUGUGUUAUUCCUUUGUAAAAGGAGCGAAAAUUUAUAAGAUGGCAUGUUCAGAGGACCCCAGAUUUAGAACUCAAAGGAACCUUACAGAUCAGCGAGUUCGAUCUCAUCUUUUUUCAGAUGAGGAAACUGAGACCCGUGACUUACCUACGGUCACACAGGGAAUAAGCAACACAGAACCUUUAGGGACUUUUCCAGCUCAAAAUCCCAUGGCUUUUUUAAAAAUAACUUUUAUUGAUUUCUUUUGUGUUAACAUCAAUCCUUACAACUUUGAACUAGCUACUGUGUUAAAACCUUCUAAUCACAAGAGACCUCCAAGUUUGGACACCAACAACGGAACACUAGUUCUGGGCCUGAACAAAAUCUCUGAUCGGCGACUGAAUCUGCAAGUUUGGAUGAGUCCUGCUCAGCAAUCUUUGCAGCUCUGGGAUAGACGUUUUUACCACCAGGAUCCGGGAAGGCUCUUUGGAAGGCAAAGUGUGAAAAUUCUAGUAAAAUGUCGCUGUCCAAGUUCUGAGGAGUGGGCGCAGGAGGCACCCUCUUGGACUCAACAUGGAUCAAAUAGCCCACUGAUCCGAACCUCACUUCUCCUUUAGGAUUCUGGAGCCUCAGCUUUGAGGAGACUUAAAAAACAACCCAAGCCCUACAGAAACCUUCUUGUUGGAAAGAAAUUCGCAAGACUGAAAAAUGCAAUUAAAGAUGAUCUUUAAAGUACCUCAAUUUCUUCUUGAAAAGAGUUAAGUCCAUAUAGCCCAAAUACAGAGGUGCCUUGGAAUGACCUUGUAUAUGACAUCGGCUCAAGUCAUUCACCAGAUUGAAGAGGAAUUAGAUGAAGAUGAAAAGGAUGUGAUUCUCUUCCUGUGCCGUGAUCUUGCCCCAGACUUAGUCACAAAGUUGGAUUUGCGGGAUCUCCUGUGCACUUUGAAUGAGAAGGGCAAGUUAUCUUCUGAUGGUUUGGCAGAGUUGCUGUACAGAGUAAGGAGGUUUGACUUGCUAAAGAAGAUAAUGAAAACAGACAAAGCCUCGGUGGAAGCCAGCCUGGUCAAAUACCCGCAAUUGGUUUCUGACUAUAGGGUGCUGAUGACGCAACUUAGUGAAGACAUGGACAAAUCCGAAGUAACUUCUUUCAGUUUUCUUCUAAGAGAUUAUAUGGGAGGAGGGAAAUCACACAAAAACAAGAGUUUCUUAGAUGUUGUCAUCGACUUAGAAAAAGUAAAUUUGAUUGCUCCUGACAAGUUAGAUUUACUGGAAAAAUGUCUGAAGAACAUUCACAGGAUAGACCUGAAGAAAAAAAUUCAGAAAUAUAAGCAGUCAGCUAUGGGAGCAAAUUAUGUGAAUGGAAUCCAGACUCCCCUGUCAAGUGUAGGACUGAUGGAGUCUAGUUACAAGCUGGGGCUCAAGAAUGGGAUGAAUAAAGAGGAAAGACCUAUCUUUGGACAGAAUGGAAUUUCAACAGAACCGGUUAAAACAUCCAUUCAGGAAUCUGAAAAAUCCUUGCCUCAGGUGGCUUGUGACAUAUACAAGCUACAGAGUCAACCAGUGGGAAUCUGCUUAAUAAUUGAUUGCGUUGGCAAUGAUGCAGAUCCACUUAAAGAGACAUUUACUUCCCUGGGCUUUGAAGUUCAGUGUUUCAAACACUUGAGCAUGAAAGAAAUAGACCAGAUUCUCCAUCAAACCGCACGCCUUUCCAAGCACCAAGACUAUGACAUCUUUGUGUGUAUUCUGAUCAGCCGUGGGGACUCGGAGAGCAUCUUUGGAAUCAAUCAGCCGUAUUCUGGAUUCCCUCUGCAUCAGAUAAAGAAGUUUUUCACGGGGGAUGCUUGUCCUUUGCUCUUGGGGAAACCCAAACUCUUUUUUAUUCAGAACUAUGUGGUACCCAAAGAUCACAGGGAGGCAAAUAGUCUCUUAGAAGUGGAUGGUGAAGAUGGCAAAGUGUCUUAUGCAUGGGGACCCAGAAGCUCCAGUCUUCAUCAAGAAGCCGACAUCUUUUGGAGUAUGUGCAAGGUGAAUGUUUCUGUGCUGGAGGAGACUCCCAGUUCACCAUCCUUCUACCUGCAUUGCCUGUCACAGCUCCUCCGUCAACCUGAGGAGAAAAGAUCCUCCCUCUUGACUCUCCACAUCGAUCUCAACAACAAAAUCUAUGACUGGAACAGCAGAGUGGCUCCUGACCAGCGGUACUCCAUUGUGUUAGAGCAUACUCUGAGGAAGAAUAUUAUUUUUUCCUUUAGAAGAAAGAAAGAAAAAAAGGACUCUCAUGAACAGUUUUGAGAUUGGUGUGGUUGUUGUGGGAUGAGUAAGUGCUUGGGGAAGCGCUAUGUUGAAAUAAUGGAAAUGGGGUCUUUGAAGACUGAGUGGUAUUUUAUCAUAUGAGACCAGAGACGGAAGAACCAAAGAAUAAGUAAUAGGGUCUCUUUUAGUGCUUUUUGCCUCUCCGGUUCCUUAGGAAAUAAUAAGUGCUUUAUUUCUUUGAGACGUGUAACAGGAGAAAACUCACAUUUCAUACAUCAGUCUUCAGCGCUGAAGGGGUUUCUAGUUAGCUUUCAGGUCCAUUAAACAAAUUUGGUCUCUAAAUGACAGGUCUGGUUUCACAGACACUCAGGACUAGAUUCAAAUAAUGGAGUAAAGUUUCUCACAGUACCAAAUUUGGAUUUAAUGGAAGGGGGGAGGGGGAGAAAUUCUGUAACAUUUAUCACUACUUCCAAAUAGAAAGUGGGAAAGAAUAGAUUCUCCCUCACAGAUGGUCUUAAGUAAUGACUUGAGUAUAUUGUGGAGGGAUUCAUUUUCAUUUGUGAGUUGUACUAAUGGCUUCUGAAGUCCUUUUGUCAACUCUGACAUUCUGUGACACUCUAUGAUAGCUUCAUAUAUAUGCUUCAUAUAUAUAGCAUAUAUAUAUAUAUAUGCUAAGUGACAUUACAUUAAUGAAUCUUGGAGACAGAAAAUUCAUUUAUUAUCUUUUUAAAAAAAAGUGUAUUUUAUGUUCUGGGAUGACCAGCUGUAAAUGACUUUGCUUUUCUCAUUAGUACAAUCAUUUACAACUUCUCUGAAGGACUUAUACUUAAAAAUCCUGUUCAUACCCAGAGAAAGAACUGAUUGUGCAUCAUUCUCUUUUCUUUUUCUUUUUAAAGUUUUUAAGUGUUCUUAUUUUUAUUAGGAUGGGAAAUCUAUGUUUUCACAACUUGAUUUUUAUGGAAAUGUUUUGCAUUAUUUCACAUGUGAUUUCUGAAUUAGGGGUGGGGAUAAAGGAGAGAAACUAGAACUCAAAAAAUUUAAAAACAAAGGUAAAAAAUGUUUUGAAUGUAACUGGGGAAAAUAUUAAAUAAAAAAAUUUAAAAUAAAAAUAUAUUUUAUUAGUAUUUUAUUUUCCCCCAGUUACUUUUUCAUGUAUGUUUAUAUGUAACUGAGGGAAAAAUACUAAUAAAAAUAUUUUUUAUUUUAAAUUAAAUUACAAUAAAAUAACAUUAGUUUUUAAAAGUUUGAAUUCCAGAUUCUCUCCCUUAAAGGUUAUCUAGUUUUAGUUUUUAACAGGGACUUAGUGAUGUUGCUGAUAUAGCAAAUGAUAUGGUUUGUAGGCACCAAAUGUUGGGAUUCAGUCAUGUGAAGAAUUCACAAUGAUCUUUUUUUUUUUUUUUUUUUUUUGACAAAAGCUGGGUUUAAAUAUUUAGGAGAAGAGGUUACAGACAAAAUUAAGGGAUGCAAUAGACACUAGGAAUGGUAAAUAGAGGUGGGAGAGCACAUGGUAAGGAAAGGUAUUUUAAUAAUUAAUGGGUGAUAAAUGUGGAAAUAUGUUUAGAAGGAAUUACUUGUAUCUAAGGGAGAAAGAGAUGGGGGAAGGGAGGGAGAAAGAUUUAGCACGCAAGAUUUUGCAAGGGUAAAUGUUGAAAAGUAUUUUUGCAUGUAUUUUGAAAAUAAAAAGCUAUUAAAAAAAUUAAUGAUGAAUAAGACCUAGUGUAACUUGCAGUUAGCCAGGAGAAAGGUAAUACGCCAUGAGGUUGGAGUAUGUCCUUAACUGGCAGACUAAAUCCUAAAAGAGAUUUAGCACCUACUGCCAUAGGGAACAAUUUUAUCAGGGCUCCAUUUUCUCCAUGCCAGCCAUAUCUAGCUAUCCAUAGUCCCAUCCCUAGGACCUAGGUAUACUGACUCCCAGCUAAUUUUGUUGUCUCUCCAAGUCAUAAUGUAGAGUGUUAGUGGAAUUCAGAGCAGAAAUCUGAAAAUGUUAUAGUGGGUUCAAAACCAUCAGGCCUGAUCUUAUAACAGUGGUUUCCAUGCAUAGAUUCUAUAAGAUAUAACCUACCUUAAGGGGAAAUUGUCAUAAUGGUUUAUCUUAUAAUGAAGGUCUAGAAGUAGGGUUGCAAGUGGGGAAACUACCACUGAGAGUAGUCUGUAGUUUCUUGGGAAACAUUCCCCUCCUCCAUUAUCACUUUGCAUCCUUUUCUGGCCUAUUCUUUCUGUGAAACAUGAUUUUUACAACUUCUGCUCAUUCAUUACAAGUAAGAGGAACCAUAAUUAGUUUCUUGGUCUUAUGAUCAGAGGGCCCCCUUUGGUACUUAUGAACCAAUUUCUAGCUUCUUUGGUCAAAAAGAGAAUUUUGGAAAUGAAUGGAGAUUAGUGGUCUUAGGGUAGACUUAUUUUCCACAAAGCCAAUAAAAUAUUUCUUUUUCUACUUUAUCUAUUAUUAAAUUAUUUAACCUUACUAGGACUCAGUUUCCUAAUCUGUAAAAUGAGGCAGCUGGAUUAAAUGACUGUUAACAGUUUUUCCUAGUUUUCAAUCUAUGACUCUAUAAUUUUCAGAAUUCUAAGGAUGCCUCUAAGUCAGCAAACAUUUAUUUAAGUUUAUAUGCAGGUAUUAUGGUAAGUGCUAAGGAUGCAAAGGCAGGCAAAAAUGUGGCGUUUAUUCUGGAGAAAUUCACAUUCUAAUCAAAAUGAUAUACAAAAUAUCAGAGAGAAAAGCACAAACAGUGGGAAUGGGGAAAAGUUAGAGAAUGAGAAGACUGUAAAGCAAGGAAAAAGUCAGCUUGUGAAGUGUUUUAAGUGCCAAGCAGAACAUUUUGUGUUUGAUCCUGGAGAUAACAAUGAGUCACUAGAACUUAAUGGAUGGUUGAGUGACAUAGUCAGACUUGAAAGUCAUUUUGUUAGAGGAAUGGAGGAUGGCAGCUGGGUGUCUACUAAGUUUUGUGAUCAUAAGAGAUCAUAAAAGAGGGAAAGGGACCCACAUAUGUGAAAAUAUUUGUGGGAGCCUUUUUUUAGUGACAAGGAACUGGAAACUGAGUGGAUGCCCAUCAGUUGGAGAAUGGCUGAAUAAAAUAUGGUAUAUGAAUGUUAUGAAAUAUUAUUGUUCUGUAAGAAACAAUCAGCAGAAUCAUUUCAGAGAGGCGUGAGGAGACUCACAUGAACUGAUGAAAAGAGCAGAAACAAGAGAACAUUGGACACAGAAACAAGAUUAUGUGAUAAUCAACUUUGAUGGGUUUGGCUCUUCCCUGCAUUGUGGUGAUUCAAGGCAAUUCCAGCAGACUUGGGAUAGAAAAUGCUACCUGCAUCCAAAGAGAGAAUUAUAGAGACUAAAUGUGGAUUGUAGCAUAUUAUUUUCACAUUUGUUUUUUUCUUUCAUGCUUUUUUUCUCUUUUGAUUUGGUUUUUUUUGCACAACAUGACAAAUGUGGAAAUAUAUUUAAAACCUUUAUUUAACCUUUAUCAUAUUGCUUCCUGUCUUGGGGAGGGGAUAGUAAGAGAGGGAGGGAGAAAAAGUUAGAACCCAAAGUUAUACAAAAAUGAAUGUGGAAAACUAUCUUGACAUGUUUUUGGAAAAGUAAAAUACUAUUGAGAAAACUUAAAAAAAAAAAAGUAUCUAGCUCAAUUGCCACAUCUGAAAAGUUUAUUCACUUUAAAUUUUUGUAAAGCUGAUAUGUCAAACUGUUGAACACAAGUGUUUUUAUCAUUGUGUCUUUUAAUUUCCACAGUUGAACUCUUUAAUGGAAGUUCAAGGAUAAUAUACAUGUUUCAAAUGCAGUGCAUGCGACAUUCUUUACAAGCACCUAUAUAUUUAUGUUAUACAUUUACAUGUAUAUGUUAAACAUUUACAUAUUUAUAUAUAUAUAUGUAUUGUUUAUGUGUGGGGCAUCCCUUAUCAAUACCACUAAUAUAUUGGAAAAGAAUCUGGAUAUACUUUAUAGAUUUGAGUGCUUUGGUUUAGUCAUUCCAAUUGCAUUUUGAAUUCUUUGAAGUCUGGAGCAGCUCUGUUUUUUAAUUUGUUUUCCAUAUGGUUCUAUGAUAAUCUAUUGAUGUGCAAUACUUAAUGCAAGAUAGUCUGAUUUCAGAGAAAGCAAUGCAUUUUGUGUUUAUUCAAGAAUCAAAAGUGUAACCAUGUUAUCUCAUUAACUUUUUAAAAAUUAUCUCUUUAUUUUUAACAUUGCUUGAAUUUUCCCCUGUAUCUCUUCCUCUGCCUUUUUCAGAGAGUUAUUCCUUAUUAUCAAAAAAAAAAUCAAUAAAA